AUGUCUGACAAACCCAAUAUUACUGAGAUUGAAAAAUUCGAUGAAAGAAAGAAACAGAAGACAGAAAUGCAACAAAAAAAUCCACCGCCUUCAAAAGAAGUGAUUGAAUAA